AUGGAACAAGGUGAACAGCAGCAAGCUGUAGCUCGGCCGAUUAUCAACAGCAGCAUCCCUUUUCCGGAACCGUUGAAAACAAACGGAAACCUCCGGGAAAAUGUCAAUAUAUGGAAGGAUGAGUUCGAAACGUACCUUAUCGCAUCAGGAGUUGAGCAGCUGGACGAACGUAUCAAAGUAGCCACCUUUAAGUCCGCCCUCGGAUCAGAAGCAAGAAGAAUUUUUAACUUGUGGCCCUUGCAGGAGCAGCAACGGAACACCGUUUUAGCUUGUAUGGAAUCACUUUCUAUGUAUAUGGUUCCUCGUAAAAACAUAAAGCUAGCUCGGUACGAGUUUUAUCAAUGUCGGCAAGAACCCGGAGACGAUAACUCAGAACCAGAAAGCAUGACAAAAUUUAUCAAUCGAACACGGGAGCUUAUAAAAGAUUGCAAUUUUGGCGAAAUGGAAAAUGAGAUGCUUCGUGACAAAAUCAUCACUGGCAUUCGCGAUUUGUCGUUGAAAAAGCGAUUUAUCGAACAGCAGGAUCUCACAGCAGAACAAGUGAUUGAACAGUGCCGAACAGAGGAAGUAACUAGAGCAGAAAUGACGCGGAACCAAUGGAUUGAAUCACAGCAGCAUACGGUAAACAAAAUCACUGAAGGGAAAAAUUGUAACAAGCGAUGUUCCUUCUGUAGUAAAGCAUACCAUCGGGAUCUGUCGGAGUGCCCAGCACGAGGAGCAACAUGUCACUUUUGUGGUUUGAAAAAUCACUAUGAGAUUGCGUGCAAGAAGAAAAAGGAACAAUGCAAACCAUCAGGAUCUGGAAUGACCACCCAAGCCAAGCAGCAAAAGAAAAAACUCUACAACGUCGAAGAACAGCGAAGUGAGCAUCGCGAGCAGGAAAGUGACGAGGAAUCCAUUUCACUGUGCCAGUAUUUGAACGGAGUAAAUCAAAGUGACGAAACACUACUAAAGGCGAACAUUAUUUUCUUCGAUGUCAAUAACCAACGCAAGCCAAAACGAUGUUUAUUAGAUACUGGAGCGUCCUGUAACGUGAUCGGUAAACGGAACGCCAUGGAAAUGCUGGCAACCAGAAAAUUACAGCUAGACAAUAAUAAAGCCACAUUGAAAGUGAUCGGCGGAGGGAAAUACGAAUCGCUAGGUAGAACAGUUAUUGAUUGUGAACACGAUGGUAUUCGAUACAAAGCAGUUUUCCACGUCGUGAAUUUCGAAUUAGAACCGAUUCUAUCGUUGAAAUCAUGUCUUCACUUGAAGCUGAUCCAAUUGUGUUCAUCGAUAGUGGAAGAUCAUAAACUAACAGCUAAACGAAUCCUAAAGCAACAUCCAAACGUUUUCUCAGGAUUAGGACAACUGGAUGGUAAAGUGCACUUGGAGGUAGACCAAAACGUUGCACCGGUGGUGCAGCAUCCUCGACGCAUAGCUGUGAACCUUAGGGAGGAGCUUCGCCAAGUGUUGGCGGAGAUGGAACAAGAAGGCAUUAUAGCGGAAGAGAAUCAGCAUACGGAUUGGGUGAGCAAUUUGGUUUUAGUUAAACGGAAUAACAAAUUGCGGGUAUGUAUCGAUCCAAUUUUACUAAACAAGGCGCUCAAAAGACCGCACUACCAAAUGCCGACUUUAGAUGAGCUGCUUCCGGAAUUGGCGAAUGCAAAAGUUUUUACAACUGUCGAUGCCAAAUCGGGUUUUUGGCAGGUGUCUCUCGACGAAGAAAGUGCGAGGUUAACUACGUGUUGGACACCAUUUGGUCGUUUUAAAUGGCUUCGUAUGCCAAUGGGAAUAGCUCCAGCACCCGAGAUUUUUCAGUUGAAAGCACACGAAGCAAUGCAAGGACUGCGAAACGUACGAGCACUAAUGGAUGAUUUCAUGAUUUUCGGUUGUGGUGAUACCGUAGCGGAAGCAAUGGUGGAUCAUAAUCAAAACCUGCAAGCUUUUCUGAGACGAAUGGAGGAAAAAAAUUUAAGGCUGAAUCCAGAAAAAAUCAAACUCUGCAAAGAGAGCGUGAGAUUUUUUGGUCAUAUUCUAACGUCGUCUGGUAUUAAACCAGAUCCUGACAAAGUGAGCGGUAUUUUGAAAAUGGCGAAACCGACAGACGUACCUUCCAUGCAACGUUUUCUUGGAACGAUAACAUACCUUGCUCGGUAUCUUCCAAGCCUCUCCUCGGUAGCCGAACCUUUGCGAAGACUGACAUACCAGAAAGAACCAUGGGUUUGGUCUAGUGAACAAGAAAAAGCUUUCAGCAGUCUAAAACAACAAGUGACAUCUGCUCCCAUCCUUCGAUAUUUUGACCCCAAUAAAGACAGUGUUAUUCAGUGCGACAGUAGCAGCGUAGGACUCGGUGCUGUGCUCCUUCAAGAAGGGCAGCCAGUCGUCUACGCGUCAAGGACCCUUAGUGCUACUGAGCGUCGCUAUGCACAGAUCGAGAAAGAAACCUUGGCGAUCCUGUUUGCUUGUCGCAGAUUCGAAAUAUACAUUCUCGGCAAACCUGUUGCGGUACAAACCGAUCACCAACCGCUUAUCAAGAUUUUUCAGAAACCGUUGACUGAAGCACCACUAAGAAUCCAAAGAAUGAUGUUGAGUUUACAGAGAUACCAGAUAGCUUUGAGGUUCACUCCAGGUAAAGAGGUCAUCAUAGCAGAUAUGUUAUCAAGAGCAACCAUUACACCGAGUGAUGUAGGCAACUGUGAGAACUUCGAAAUCUAUGCACUAGAUGUAGAGCAUAUAAACAUCACGGAACAUCUACCCAUAUCAGACGAACGAGUGAAUGAAAUACGAUCCGAAUCCCAACAGGAUCCGGAAAUGCAAGUGAUAGCCGGUUUCAUUAUCAACGGUUGGCCAAAAAGAUACGACGAAGUGCCAGCAAACAUCCAAGUAUACUGGAAGUACAAACACGAACUAAGCACCGUGAAUGGACUAGUUUUGCGCAACGAUCGGAUUUUGAUUCCUCGAAAUUUCCGAAAGGAAAUUCUUGAAAAGUUACAUCGAUCUCAUUCGGGUAUCGAAGCCACCACCAAACUGGCGCGAGACACAGUGUUUUGGCCCGGAAUAAAUGAUCAGAUAAAGCAGCGCGUUCAACAGUGCGAUACUUGCGCUAAAUAUUCCCAAAAUCAACAAUCACAGCCUAUGCAGUCUCACCGGAUUCCGUUGUACCCGUAUCAGAAAGUUUCAAUGGACAUCUGUGAGCAUCAAACUGGUAGUCAGAAGCAUGUGUAUCUCAUCACAGUAGACCACUACUCAGAUUACUUCGACAUUGAUGAAUUGAACACUCAAAGCUCAGCAGCAAUUAUUCGUAUAUGUAAGCGUAAUUUCGCUAGAUUUGGGAAACCGCAGGAAGUGAGUAGCGAUGGAGGUUCCCAGUUCAUGAGUGAAGAGUUUGGGCAUUUUUCCAGAGUUUGGGGAUUCAAGCACAGUGUAUCAGCUCCGUACCAUCAACAGGCGAACGGGAAGGCCGAGUCGGCAGUCAAAAUUGCGAAACUUCUGUUAAAAAAAGCGAAUGAUUCGAACCAAGACUUCUGGGAAUUACUCCUUCAAUGGCGAAAUACCCCAAAUAAAACUGAAAGCUCCCCUGCACAAAGACUCUUUAAUCGGCGAACUCGCUGUGGUAUUCCAAUGAUCGACAAAAAAUUCUUGCCAAAAAUUGUGGAAGGGGUGACAGAGCAAAUCAGAAACAAUCGACAACAAGCAAAGCUAUAUUAUGAUCGUAAGGCGCGAUCUCUUCCUGAGCUCGAGGUAGGGCAGCCUGUCUUUGUAAAACUGAAGCCAACGGAUAAAGAAUGGCAACCAGGAUCGGUAGUAGCACCGGUGAAUGACCGUUCCACGAUCGUAGACGUAGGGGGUCGUGAAUAUCAUCGUGACAACACAAUGGUGAAACAAGUUCCGGCCGGACCCUCACAAACGGAACAAGCCAAACCGACGUGUUGCGAUUCAGGAACGCUGCAGCCUGUCACAUCCAGCAAAUCACCAGGGAUCGUGCGUACAGAAGAUAGUGAACGUACACGCACCAAACGUGCUAUCCAAAUACCGAAAAAGCUAGCUGAUUAUCAAUUGUUUUAG